AUGCUUAAGGACUGCAAAGCCUCUAACCUUGACAUCAUCUUUAUUCAGGAAAUGAGGCGGUUAGGAGAGGGAUCAGUCAGUCAUGAGGGCUACAACGUGUACUGGAGCGACAUGAAAGUAAAACAUCUGUAUGGUGUUGGGAUUGCCUUCAUCAGCAUCAAUGGAAUAAUGAAUAUCUCACCACGUCUGAUAGCAAUAGAUUUAAUGAUGAAAGGUCUAAAACUUCGUAUUGUUUCAGCCUAUGCGCCUACCGAAGCUAAAUCAUUAGCAAACAAGAAGUCAUUUUAUAGAGAACUGAACAAAAUAUGUCAUGUAGGAAUGGACAAAAACAGAAAGUUACUCAUUCAAUGUGACUUUAACGCCAUUACAUCAAUCUGCAAUAAACACUCAAGUUUUGAUGGACAUAACAUGCAUCAUGACGAUACAUUUAAUGAAAAUGGCAGACUUCUGAUAGAUUUCUGCAAUAGAAACGAUCUUUCGAUUCUUAAUACUUGGUUUUCCCAUCCGCUGAUUCACAGAUUAACAUGGUAUAGUCCAGAUGGAGUAACUAGAAAAGUGUAUGAUCUCAGUUUAUCGGGAUCAUGGAUUAGAUGCUUUGUUAAGGAUGUCAGAACAAGGAACUCAUAUUUCCACUCUGACCAUAGACUCCUUGUAACAAAGCUCAGGACACCUGCCAACAAGUCUGCAAGAUUUCUUAAGAAAUACAGGAAAAUCCGUCCGCCAGACUUAAAUGCUCUAUCCAACCUGACUGUGAAAGAACAAAUAAUUAGGAAAAUAAAGGACACAUUAACAACGUCAGUCUCUCCAACCCAAGUUGACGAAAAGCAUAAUUUUCUCAUGACGACACUAGAAUAUGCCAAAAGAUCUCUCCCGAAGGUCACAAAUAAGAAACACCCGGUUCCCGAGGAUUAUUAUGAUGAUCAUUUCAAAUUCCUAAUAACUAAACGUAAAAACUUGCGCAGGCAACCAAGGGCAGAACAGUCGGUAGAGAAGAUGAAGAAACUAAACAAGGAAAUAAAGCGUGCUGCAAGUAAAGUAAAAAGUAGAAUGCUGCAAGACAAAUCAAACGAAAUAAAUCAGGCCAAACAAAACAGAAAAGUUGCCGAUAUGUGGAGAAGCGCCAAAAGUCACUCAAAAAUCAUCAGUAGUAACCCAAAGGCCAUAACUUGCCCUAACCUAGCACCACACUUCAAAGCCCUGUCACUCCAAUCUUACUUUACCAGAGAUUUCUAA